AAAAGCUACAUAAAGCGUUCGGAUCUUUAACAAACGCGACACAUGUAACUCGAUUGGCGAGCCGAACAGCAGGAAACGAGCAAUGCGUUUAGUUGUUAUACUGUUAGUCCUUCCCUUCGUGGUUGGAAGUCAAGACUGCGACCAUAGGGAUUUCAACAAUGGUGCGACCGUGUGCGUCUGCACGGCAGAUUAUUGCGAUACCAUCGAUCCCGUUGAGAAGCAACCGGAGGGUAGUUACGUCCUGUACACGAGCAACAAACGUGGGCAUAGAUUGACAAAGACUACCGGGAAUUUCGGGAAAGCUUCGGGUAAGGCUUUGACCAUAAACAGGUUAAAGACUUACCAGGAGAUCAUCGGAUUCGGUGGAGCGUUUACCGAUGCCGUCGGUGUGAACCUCAUGGGAUUGAACGAGAAAGCAAGAGAACAUCUUCUUAGAUCAUACUUUUCGGAGGACGGGAUCGAGUAUAACAUGGUGCGAGUCCCAAUCGGCGGAACCGAUUUCUCCACCUACGGGUAUUCGUAUUUGGACCAAGACCCGACCUUCUCCGCCGAAAACUACACUUUGUCGAAGGAAGACUUCGAACUGAAAUUGCCGUUGAUCAAGGCUGCUGAGAGGAUGUCGAAUAAGAAAUUGGACUUUCUGGCGUCGGCUUGGAUUUCUCCUAAAGAAUGGAAGACCAACAACGAUUACGCUGGCUCCGGUUUCCUCAAGCAGGAAUAUUACCAGGCGUGGGUGGACUAUUGCUUGAGGUUUUUGGAUCUGUACAAAGAGCAAGGCGUGGAGUUCUGGGGCAUCACCACCGGAAACGAACUCAGCUUGGUCUUGGCUCCAUUCAAUAGAAUACCGACAGUGGGUUUCACACCUAAGAAUCACACUAAGUGGGUGAGGGACAAUUUAGGGCCAACCAUUAAGAAUUCUUCCUACGCUGAUUUGAAAGUGAUUGCGUUGGAUGACCAAAGAUUUUUGCUUCCAAUUUUAGAAAAGCAAUUAGAAGAUCAAGAGUUCAAGAAGUAUUUGGAUGGAGUUGGCAUUCACUGGUAUUGGGAUAUGAUUGUACCGAUCAAAUGGGUGGCCAAUUUUCACGAGAAACACCCUGAUUUAUUCCUUCUUGGAACUGAAGCUUGCAGAGGAACGUUCAUCUUUGAAGAUGCUGUAAAAUUGGGAUCAUGGGACAGAGCUGAAGAUUAUGCUACUGAUAUUAUUGAUGAUUUAGAAAACUGGCUGGGUGGUUGGAUGGAUUGGAACGUUGCUCUGGAUUUGACAGGGGGACCAACGUAUAUCAACAACAACGUCGAUUCACCUAUAAUUGUUAACGCAACCAAUGGGGAAUUCUUUAAACAACCCAUGUUCUAUAUUAUGGGACACUUCUCCAAAUUCCUGCCGAAGCAAUCGAUUCGUUUCGACAUUGAUAAACACGAGAAUUUAAAAGUAAUCGCCUUUCAAAGACCUGAUAAUGGAACGACCAUCGUUGUCUUAAACAAGAGCAACAAUUACGUGGAAGCCUUUAGAAUAUACGACGAAGAUCGCGGCGAGAUUCUUAUGGACAUCUCACCUAGAUCCAUAUCAACUAUAUUAUAUUGGUAGAGCUAACCUUUAGUAUCUUGAGCCUUUGUCUUCAGGAUAGAGGAAGUAAAUAGUUACCGGGCCUUUAGCAGUAUGCACCACUUCCAAAUGUUUGAUUAAAAAUUUCGCUGCAAUACCGUACGCUAAACA